UUGAAUCGAGUACAAUAGACCAGAGGUUUUCCAACUGGGGUCUGCAGCCGUACUGCAGGAGGUCCACAUAAAUCACUGGGGAAGUAGAUAAAUGGCUUCAUUGCCAAAACUCGAACUGUCCUUUUAAUAUGGAGGAAAUUACAGCAGGUUGCCAUGGAUAUUACCGCCAAGUGUUGCCAUAAGGAGAUGGAAAGCUAUGGGCAGUGUGUGGCCUCCCACCCAUCAACAUGGCAACAGCACUGUCAAGACCUGAAGAUGAAGGUGGCACAGUGUACCUCUUCACACCCUGUGAUCCAGAAGUUCCGGACAGACUGUUCAAAAGAGUUCACAGAGUUUGAGCACUGCUUACGAGAGAACCAGAACUCACCUACCUCCUGUUCGGUACACGUAGCGCGCUUCCUCGGCUGUGCAGAGACAGUGGACCUUGCCGGAAUGCCAGUGAACCCGGUUCCUCGGCCCUCUUAGGACCCAGCAGUGACCAUCAUCCAUCCCUCUCAGAUAUCUCCUUCCUGCAACACUGACACCGGACUGCUCUAUCUAUCAUGGAUAAAUCAAUGCCCAUGUCAUUUUGAUAAUGCCCUGACUUGGUACAUGGAUAAAGUGGACUCUUGUCCAUGGCUACUUUAGGAUUUGUCAAAAGAUCUCAAAAUCCUAGACAUUUACAAUUUCUGGAACUGAUUUCUGAAUCAAGACGGGUUAUUUAUUGAAGUUCUUUCAUAACUCAUCGAUGCUAAAGCUCUCUGAAAAACAAUGGGAAUCAGAGGAGUCGUUUUCCCUGUAUGUGAAAAUAAUCACUCAGUGCAACUGACUAUGCAGCAGGUUUUAGUGUGUAAUACAUAUUUACAACACUGUGGUAACCUCAGGUAGCAGCAUAAAUGCUUUUCUUUGCCUCUCAAAUGUAUAUUGAGAAUGAAUGUGUAAAACGGUGUUAGCUUUGUAACCUCACUCCGCAACAUAUCUGUGUACAACUGCGUGAUAUAUAAGUACCCCUUGUUUGCGGUGUGGUUGUCUCUUGUAGAUGUUAUUUUGGGUA